AUGACGUAUGCGAAGGUGAAUAUUCACAAAUAUGAUGUAGAUUGCCACUAUUCAUGUUAGAAAUGCUCUUCUAGCGGUUCUUCUAGUUGUUUAGAAUGUUUGAGUGAUGGUAAUCGAUUUUUAGAGAAUUCAAUUUGCAAGUGUUAAGCGAAUUAUUAUGAUGAGAAUAAUGAACUAUUUUGUUAGCGAUGUCGUUUUCCUUGCCUAAAUUGUUAAGGAAAAUAGAAUCAAGAUUGUCUAAGCUGUAAAAACUCAAUGUUUUUAUUUGGAAAUGAAUGCAAAUGCGGAGAACAUUAAUUUUUUAAUUAUGUUAAUUAUCAAUGUGAAGGUUUAAAAAAUAAAAUAUUUUAAAUAGAUUGCCAUCCUACUUGCUCAAAAUGUAAUGGAUCUUUGAAUUCAAAUUGCGUGAAAUGCAACUAAGAAUAGUAUACUCUUUUAUAAUCUAACAUUUGUAUAUGUAAGGAUGGAUACUACAGAUCAAUUGAUAAUAAUUGCUAUUAAUGCGAUAUAAAUUGUAAAACAUGCUCUGGACCAACCAAUAAUGAUUGUUUGAGCUGUUAUAAUAAUAAAAGUGGAAGCUCUUGCGACUGUCCAUAUGGAUAUUACCAACCUUAAUUAGUACCAAACACUUCAUUUUGCUUUAAAUGUCAUCCUACGUGUUAGACUUGCAGCAAUUCUGGAGAAUUUAAUUGUUUAACUUGUUAUGCAUUUGCAACAUUGUAACCUGAUUCUAAUAUGUGUUUAUGCGAUUUAGGAUUUGUUUGGAAUGGCAAUUCAUGUAGUAUAUGCGAUACUGCAUGUGGAAAUAGGUGUAUAUUCGAUCCUAAUAAUUGCUGUGUAGCACCAUGUGUUUAAUGUUUCAACCCGAAUUGUUCAACUUGUGAUGGUACAUAGGCAUGUACAAGUUGUUAAUAAGGAAAGACAGGUGCAAAUUGUAACUUAUCAUGCGAUCCCAAUUGUAAAGGAUGUGAUCGAACUGACAAAACUUUGUGCACUUCUUGUAAUAGCCCUUUUGUAGUUGUUGGUGGAAUUUGUUCCUGUCCUUCUGGAUAAGAAUUAUCAGGAUCUACAUGUGUGAGUGGCCCUACUUGUCCGGAUGGGUUUUAUGGAGCAGGUUGUUCAUCAGUUUGCCAUCUAAGUUGUAGAAGAUGUUAUGGAUCAAGUAAUACUUAAUGCAAUCUAUGCAAAAAUAAUGCUUAUGUUAGUGGAACGUGUGUAUGUAAUUUAGGAUAUUAUAUGGAUGGAACAUACAAUUGUUUUCCAUGCCAUUACUCCUGUCGAUAAUGUACAGGCAGUAGUACACAUUGUACAGAUUGUAAUUACAGCCAUAGAACUUUAGAUGGAUCUAAUUAAUGUGUUUGUGAUAUGGGAUAUUAUGAUUUUGGAAUCCCUAUUUGUUAACCAACCAACAUUGCUUGUGGAGUAUAUUGUGGAAAUUGUUAAUUUAUAUCAUCCGCAUAUCAAUGUUAAGCGUGUGCUUUAUCAGGUACUUUUAGACUGAACAAUUUGGCUAGCAAUUGUCCAUGUUAAGAUGGAUAUUUUGAUAAUGGCUCAAUGAUCUGUGAAUAAUGUAAUUAUAAAUGUUUUAAAUGUGCUUCCUCUACUUCUUGUACAAUCUGUUCUGGUAACAGAGAUUCAUCAAACAAUUGUGAUUGUUUGAGUGGCUAUGAUGAGUAAAAUAAAAUUUGUGUAUUAAUAUCAGUAACAGCUAAUUAAGUUGUAAUAGAUUAUAAUUCUGUUAUUACGAAAACAUAUGAUUUUGAAAAUUGCAAUAUAACUAACUUUGCCAAUAUAGACACUUGCUAAUGUUUAGAUGGUUAUUUCAUGUAGAAUUCUAAAUGUUUACGUAAAUAAUUUAUUUAUAUACCUAUAGCCUGUCAUAGAAAAUGCAAGACUUGUUCAAUCAUUUCAACUAAUUGCAUUGAAUGUUCUACAAAUUACAUUAAUCCUCCAUCCUGCUCUUGCGUUAAUGGAUUUUAACUUAUUGAUCAAGUGUGCGUAUCUUGCAAUUAACAUUGUGUCCUUUGUUCUAAUAAUCAGUGUUCUACUUGCAUAUCUCCUUUGAUUAUUGAUACUGAUAACACUUGUCAAUGUAAUACUGGAUAUUAUUUUGAUCAAUCCUCCAAUUCGUGUAGUAAUUGUCAAACACAAUGCUAUCAAUGCAAAUAUUAAUCAGACUAUUGCACAAAAUGUAAUUUCAAUAGAAUUCUUCCUUUUAAAUGUGUCUGUCCAGAAGGUACCUAUGAGGUAUCUUAAUCACAACCAUGUGAAAAUUGUUCAAAACGCUGUUUUACUUGUGAAACUAAUGCUUCCACUUGCAUUUAAUGUGCUACUCUUCGAAUCAAUUCACCUAGUUGCAUUUGUCCAGAUGGAUAUUACGAAAGUUCCAAUUUAGAUUGCCUAAAAUGUAGUAAGAAAUGCUAGACUUGUGAACUAAGUGCUACGAAUUGUCUUUUAUGCUCAUCAAACAGAUCUACCAGCGAAUGCUAGUGUAAUGAGGGCUAUUAUGAAAAUAAUAAUGAAGUGUGUAUUAAAUGUAAUGUUAAAUGUAAAACCUGUAAUGGAUCUAAUGAGAAUGAUUGUUUGACUUGUGAUUUAACUCGAAAUUUCAUUCAAUCAAAUACUUCAUGCCUUUGUAAAAAAGGAUAUUAUUAUGAAAAUAAUACAUGCAAUGUUUGUGUUUAAGAAGUUGUUGAGUGCCAAACUAAUUAUUGUGGUGAUGGUAUCAAAUAACCCUAUGAGCAAUGUGAUGAUUGGAAUAAGACUAAUAGAGAUGGCUGUAAUUCUCAAUGUAAAGUUGAAGAAGGCUAUCAAUGUACAUUAAUUUAAAAUCUUUAAUUAAGUCCACUUAUCAACUAUUCAUCAUGUAUUCAAUGUGCAGAUGUUAAUUGUAAAUCAUGUCCAAAUAUUGAAUUAUGUUUUCAAUGCAAAUCAGGAUACUUCUUAAAUAAAAAUUAAUGCUCUCCUUGCGAUCUUCAUUGUAAAGAAUGUUCAGGACCUUCUAAAAAAUAAUGUAAAUCUUGUUUAUUUGAAACAUUUUAAACGGAAGAUUGCCAAUUGUGCGAGGAUACUCAAGGCUUGUAUCUCGAAUUUGGUAACUGUAUUUCAAAAUGUGGGGAUGGUAUGAUAAGAUUAACAGAGCAAUGCGAUGAUGGAAACACUGUUGAUGGAGAUGGUUGUUCCUCUAAUUGCAAACUUGAAUAACAUUGGGUUUGUAGUUCUAAUAAUAGCACUUAAAGCAAGUGCGAUAUUGCUGAUCCCCCUAUAGCAACCAUUACCUUUGAGGAUCCUAUUAGUAUUUAUCAAUCUAAUAGAUUUGGAGUAAUUAAAAUUAAUAAAAUUAUGCAAAUUGAUUAGAUUAAAGCGUAAUAACUUUGGCUACAAGAAAUUAAAGGUAUGAAUUAAACGAAUUAUUUCAUUGAAUUUGGAUAUGAUGUUAAUUACAACUAAUCCACUUCUCAAAUUACUUUAAAUAUUAAUUUGUAUGAAUCAUAAUAGAACAUGAUUUAUUAAAUCACUUUUACUAAUUACUUACCUUCUGAUUCAGAGGGACAACAAUUGUCAACUCAAUUUUUAGAGUAUUAACUUGGAGAUUUCUAUAAAGUGUCUUAAUUGCAAAUGACUACAGCAGCAACAUCAAAGAAAGUCGGUUUAUUUUUCUUGGCUACUUUAGGAGGAGCAGCUAUUAUUGGAUUACUGAUGUAGAGUCUUGAAUUCUAUUGGAACACAUUGGACAUGCUCUAAUUAUUUUCGUAUUUGGCCUACAUCAAUGUUAAGUUUCCCUAUUUACAUCUUGAAUUUUUGGCGAUAUUUAAAUUUGUUUAAAUGGAUUUUUUAAAUGAUUUGAUGCCUAUUUCUUUUAUUUAAAUUGGAGAGAACGAGAAUUAUCACAAUUACCCAUUAUUAGUAGAACGAGAUGUUUAAGAGAAUCUACUGUUAAAUCUGAGUUCGAUUUUUGUGACCUAUGGUUUACCAUUUCUGAUUUAUUUUGUAUGCAGACUGAUUACAAAAUUAAACCAUAAAUACCUAUUUGAUUAAAUUUUGAUAUCUGAUUCAAGAAGUUUGGGUCCUUGUUAAAUAAAAUUGUAUGUUUAUUAAAUUUUAUACUAUAUUAACAAGACAGCAAACAUUUACGAAAGAAGUUUUUUCUUUCAAAUCCUUUUAAGAGUUCACUUGUCUAGUUUACUAGAUUUAAAUUUUGCUAUAUUCACAACAGUAUAUUGUUGGACUUAACAUUAAGAAAUUACCCUUAAUGAUACUUUGUAAUAUCUAUUUGCGAAUUUGAUAAUCUUGGCUUAAUUAGUGAUAAUCAUUAUAUUAAGUGAUUCGAUGCUGGUUAAAAAGUAUCAAUUUGAAUCCAUAUAAUAUAAACUGAAGUAUGGAUCUUUGUUUGAGGGAUUUCAGAUUAUUGGCAUUUAAAAUCGGUAAGCUGCUCUUCUUCAACCCUUUAAGAAGAUCCUUUUCAUGGCUUCGCUGUUGGUGUUUUUCAAUAAUGCUCUAUAUUAAAUUGGUCUAUUGACAUCACUUCAAAUGAUAUCUGCCAUCAUUUCAAUUGUACUCCAACCUAGUGAAAACACUUUGGAAACAACAAAAGCAAUAAUUCAAGAUUUUGGAAUUUUGAUCUCUCUUAAUUUUAUCCUCAUCUACUACGUUCAAGACAACUUCAACUACUUCUCGUAAGAUACUAUCGAAUGGAUCUCUUACUUUCAAAUCGGAGUGUAUAUUCUUAUGUUGAGCACACAAAUCCUUAUCGAUUGUUACAUGUAAAUAAAGUUCCUUUUUAAGAAAUACCCUAAAUUAAAACAAUGCUCAGCCAAAAAGGAAGGGACACCUGUAAUUUCAGAUAACACAAACUAUUAUCUAAGAUAAUAAUUUAUUGUAAUUUAACCUAUUAAAAGACCCAUUAAGUUUAAAGAAUGA